GUGAUUUUCGUUGUUGAGGAUUUGCUCUGACGGAGUAAUUUGUCUCGCGCUGUAACCUGGAGUCUGGCAGAACGUCUUUCUCCUUGUCGCCGAUAAGUAUCCUUCACGGUCGAUAAUGGACGCGGGAUUCUUCCGCGGCACAAGUGCAGAACAAGAUAAUCGCUUCAGCAACAAACAGAAGAAACUCCUGAAGCAGCUCAAAUUUGCAGAAUGCCUGGAGAAGAAGGUGGACAUGACCAAGGUCAACUUGGAGGUCAUCAAGCCUUGGAUUACUCAGCGGGUGACGGAGAUCUUGGGAUUCGAAGACGACGUCGUCAUAGAGUUCAUAUUUAACCAACUGGAAGAGAAGCACCCGGACAGCAAGAUGAUGCAGAUUAACCUGACGGGCUUCCUGAACGGAAAGAACGCCAGAGAGUUCAUGAAAGACCUGUGGCCCCUGCUGCUCAGUGCCCAGGAGAACAUCGCAGGCAUCCCCUCUGCCUUCCUGGAACAGAAGAAGGAGGAGAUCAAACAGAGACAGAUUGAGCAGGAGAAGCUUGCCUCUCUGAAGAAGAUCGACGAUGAGAAGAAGGAGAAGGAAAACAAAGAGAACCGAGAAAGGGCCCAGUCCAAGAGCCCCAACAGAAGGAGGAAGUCCAGGUCACCGUCACCACGCAGGCGUUCUCCAGCCAAGCGGGAGAAGAAGCGCAGCCACUCACGCUCCCCGCGCCGCAAACCCAGCCCCAGCAGCAGCUCCCCCCCUGCAGCUCUGCUGCCCAGCAAGCCGGAGGAGCCCGACAUGGAGCCAGACACCUCAGACAGCCUCCUGCCCGAGCCCGUCAUCCAGGAGGCCUCCUCCACCAGUGAUCACGUGUCAGACGCAGCCCAGCCAGACUCGGUGAGUGAGGUGAAGGAGCCCUCCCCAGACAAGGCUGUGAGGAAGGAGGAGCGGCCCAAGGCCCGGGACAGGGACAGGGACGGCCGGAGGGACAGGCCCCGUCACCGCUCUCGCUCCCACUCUCGAUCCCGCAGACGACCACGCUCUCGCUCCAGGUCCUACUCCCCCCGCCGUAGGCCCAGCCCCAGGCGGAGGAUGUCUCCUCGCCGCAGGAGCCCGCCCAGACGUGGGCCACCAGGUCCCAGGCACAGACGCAGUCGCUCCCCCCUCCGCAGGCGGCGCUCUCGCUCCCCCUCCUCCUCUGGCAGCAGCUCCUCCCCCUCCCCUAAGAAGGCUGUGAGACGGCCCUCCGCCACCCCGCCCAGGAAACAGCCCCGCCACGGAGACCCCUCCCUCGAGGCUCGCCGCUCGCCCUCCCCCCGGGCCAGGAAGGGCCUGGCCUCAGCCUCUCCCUCCAGAUCCACAGGUGUGAAGAGAAAACCAGGAGGGAGGAAUGGUUCACCAUCCGAUGGGCCCAAAGCAAGGAGAUCCGAGGCAUCUGAAUCAGAGGAAGAUAAAGGUGAGAAGGGGGCUACAGCAGACUCUGUGCAGCAGCGACGUCAGUACCGUAGACAGAAUCGCCAGUCAUCUUCAGAUACAGGUUCAUCUUCCUCCUCUGAGGACGAGCGGCCCAAGAGGCCGGCCGCGGGGCCGGUGGCCAAGAACGGAGAGGUGCGGAGAAGACGCAGCCACUCUCCCUCCUCCCCCAGGAGACGCCACAGGGACGCCUCCCCAAGGAAACGACGGAGCCCUUCCCCUGGAGGACGCAGGCCCUCUCCUCCACGCCGUCGCAGAUCCCCCUCUCCACCCAGACGCAGGUCUCCCUCACCGCCGGCCCGUAGACGCUCUCCCUCCCCCAGGCGCUUCUCUCCCCCCAUCCAGCGGCGCUACAGCCCCACCCCCAUGCUCCCUCAGAAGAGGCGUCCGUCCGGCUCCCCCCCUGGCAAGCGCCCGUCUCCAGGCGCCAAGCGCCCCCCCCCCUCCAGGUCCCCCAAACGCAGGAGUUCCCCCACCCAGAAGAGGCGCACGCCUCCCCCCUCCAUAUCUCCCCCCAGACACAGGAGGAGCCCCAUGCUCCCCACCAACCGGCCAGGCAGGGAGGGCCGCUCCCCUCCUCCUGCCCACGGUGGCCACUGCUCUCCCUCCCCUGCCACCCGUGGCCGUGCCCCGCGGGGGUCGGCUAGUCCCCAAGGACGCUAUGAAACUUCCGGUAACUCUCCGACCAAUCAGAGGCGUCAGCCGUCGCCCACACACUGCAGCGGUGGCCGGCCCAUCCGCAGGGUGUCCCGGACUCCAGAGCCCCGCAAGAACCAGCGAGCUUCUCAGAGUCCCCGGGGCGUGAGGAGAGCGUCAUCAAAGUCCAGAUCCAGGUCCCCGAGACCUGCCGGCCUGAAGCGCCCGGCCCCUGACUCGGCCUCUCCCUCCCCAUCCCGCUCUGCCAGUGGGUCUCCUGCCCCGCCGGCCAAGAAGCCCAGCAGUGGAUCUGGCAGUCCAUCUCCCAACAAGAACUCUGACCCUGAGGCUGCGGGGAAAAAGAAGAAGAAGAAGAAGGAGAAGAAACACAAGAAGGACAAGAAGCACAAGAAACACAAGAAACACAAGAAGGAGAAGAGCUCGGGCCCUGCGCCCGGGGACGGGGGAGGAGACCACCCUGCUGCAGAUGGAGACGCAGACUCAAAAAAGGAAUCAGACAGUGAAGUAGAGGACAGUCUGGACGACCUGGAGAAGCACCUGCGAGAGAAGGCACUGCGCUCCAUGAGGAAGGCACAGAUGUCUCCCCCACUGUCAUGAGGGAACCUGGUCCCUAUCCCCCCCCCCCUCCCCUCUUUAAAUCUUCCAGUUUCUCUUGGUUUGUUUUUUUACUUUGUCGUCAAACCUGGUUCAGCUUUAGAAUGUACAAAUGAAUUCUCUAGUUUUUGUUUUGUUUCCUUUCACAAAUUUGGUUUGUACUAAAGGGUGGGUUUUAUCAAGGGCUGGAUUUGUCAAAGCGAGAUCUCCCCCGUUUCAGUUUUGUUGCCAGUUGUGUAUUAUGAAUGCUAACUGUAAAAAACAUUUUUGUUGUCCCCUUAUUUUAAAGAGCAGGUGGAGGGACGGUUUAAUUAUUUGGGUUUGCCUUGUGCAAGAUUCUAAAGUUUCACACAAGACACACAAAAGAUUCCAACUGUGGGAAUUAAUGAUUGCAUGUUCAGUUCAGAGUGUGUCUCCGGUGCAAGGGAACUACAAAACAAACAGAGAGGAAAGCUGUCACCACUCCCCCUCUGGCAUUGAGCACUGUACGGGACGUCGCCAUGCUGUGAACGCUGUCAAAUAGAGGUAGUCACAGUCGGUUUACCCCACCUUUUUGUAAAGUAUCACGAGGUGUUUGACAUCGUUUCACCUUGCCGUCAUUUUUGGCUCCAGAAUAUUCACUGAAAUUCCCAUGAACAUAUGGUCUCUCAGCCUGGCCUGAAAAAGUAGGCUUUCAUUUCUGAAAUUGGUUUAUCUGCAGUUAUGUUAGUUUCAUGCUGUAUUGGUCUUGUAUUAAGUCAUUUAUUCUGUGGGAGUGCUUUUUGACUGUAUUUAAAACUCCUGCUCUUGUCAUUCUUUCAAAAUAAAGAUUUUUUAAAUACA